CUUAACCUGCUGCCUGCAUGCAUGUACGGAAUUGGAGAGCCAGUGAUAGCUUCAUUCCUCGCAUUUUUCCCAUCGACUUUUAUCAGUACACUCGCGACGGCCGAGAACAGAGCUCUUGAUUAGUGCUCUCACCACCUUCCUGGGGACGACUUGACCCAUCCGCGAGCAAUUCAACCCCAGUCUCUCUCUCCGCGCCGCGGUUCGUGCCUUUCAAUGCGGUCGGAGAAACGCACUUCCUCGUCGUUUUGCUCCUCGGCCGGACUGCUCGGGGCUCCCGCGUCAUACCCCGCGCCGCAGGUUCCUGUUAGCAUUGCGGCGCAAUCCCGAGAAUUCCCCCCAAAGAAGGCUGCCUAUGACUCUUUCCGGGGACAAGAGCGUUCCUUCGGACAAGCAGCUCGAAUCGGUCCAGACAAUCCCACUUCGAUCCCUGGACCGAGGACCCGCCCUGGCAAGAGGCCCCACGCCGCAGCUUGCCCCGACCCUUGCUACCCCUCCUCUCCACAUUGACGAUACCAGCGACACCACGACGUCGCUGCUCCCACCACACGACGACCGGGCCGAGCUUCAAUACCGUGAUCCCCAUGGCCGCGGACCCGAGUCAACAGCAGCAACGGCUGACCAGACGGAGACGGACACCGACAGCCCGAGUCGUCAUCAUCAUCGUCACCCGGCACCCGACUCCAUGACAAAGGACCUUCCGCCGUUGCGCUCGGCCGCGGGCUUCAGCAGCCCUUCGUACGGCUCCAUCACGCCUCGGCCGUCGAAUGACAGCGGCGACGAGGCGGCCAAUUCCUUAUCGGUACGGUCCCGGAAGCCCUCGGACGCCAGCGGCCACUCACCGGGAGAGCCUGGGGUGCGGCGGCGGCGCGGUGGAUCCCAACCUAGGUCGCCCACUUCGAGACGGGCGUCCAGGCAGUCGGAGGAGCUCGGCGGCUCCACUACCAUCCACGGGCUCGAGGGCCGCUUCGGGGCCACCGAGAGGGCCCUGCUGAACGACCUCGCGAAGGAGCCGGAAGGCGAAGAGGACGACGAGCAGCGGUCUUAUGUCUUGGACUCGGAUCUUGACGAGGACGAGGACGACCCGCCAGAUAACUCGCCCUACGCCCAGGUCCGAGCCUCCGUCUCCCCAACCGACAACACGAGCUUGUCGAUAAGCACGCCCCGGAUGUGGGUUCUUUCCAUCCUCUUUUCCAUCCUCGGCUCUUCCACGAACCUCUUCUUCUCCCUAAGAUACCCCAGUGUUGCAAUCACGCCAGUUAUAGCGUUGUUAAUGGUACACCCUCUUGGCCUCCUGUGGGACUACCUCCUGAAGCGGCCGGACGACCCACCCGAAGAAUAUGUCGACGGUUUCCGGAGCGACCAGGCCUCCGUUUCCAGCGCCGAUGAGGGCGCUCAUUUCAUCCCCCCGGAGGGCAGAGGCAGGCUUGAUCGACUGCGGCUCUGGCUCGCCCAAGGCCGCUGGAACGAGAAGGAGCAUAGCUGCGUCUAUGUCAGCAGCAAUGUCUCGUUUGGGUUCGCCUUCGCGACCGACGUCAUCGUCGAGCAGACGCAGUUCUACAAGCAGGAAGCCAGCAUCGUGUAUCAGCUCCUGCUGACGCUCUCUACCCAGAUCUUGGGCUACGCCUUCGCCGGACUCACACGGCGCUUCCUGGUCCGGCCGAGCGGCAUGAUUUGGCCGGGGACCCUCAUGUCAGCCGCCAUGUUUACCACUCUCCACAAGGAGGAGAACAAGGAAGCCAACGGCUGGAGGAUCAGCAGGUGGAACUUCUUUUACGCCGUUUGGCUGGGCGCCGUUCUGUUCUACUUUCUGCCGGGUCUCCUGAUGCCCGCGCUGAGUUACUUCAACGUGAUCACCUGGUUUGCGCCCGACAACGUCGUGGUCGCCAACCUGUUCGGCGUCGUCUCCGGGUUGGGGCUCUUCCCCGUGACCUUCGAUUGGGCGCAGGUCGCCUAUAUCGGGUCGCCGCUUCUAACCCCCUUCUGGGCAGCCAUGAACGUGGUUGGCGGGCUCGUUUUGGUGAUGUGGAUCGUUGCGCCCAUUGCCUAUUACAGCAACUGGCUCUAUUCCUCGUACAUGCCGAUCCUGUCGGUGGCCGUGUUCGACAACACCGGGAAUGAGUACGACGUCAGCAAGGUCCUGACCAAGGACUUCAUGUUCGAUCGGGAAGCCUACUCCAAGUACAGCCGCGUCUUUCUCCCCAUCACGUAUGUGCUGAGCUACGGGGUGCAGUUUGCCGGGCUGGCAUCACUCCUAACCCACACCAUCUGCUGGCACGGGAAGGACAUAUGGAAGCAGUGGAAGAGGUCGUUGGAAGAAACGUCUGGCGAGCAAAAGGGCUCGUAUCAGCCAGUCUCGGAACCAGGCGAAGGCUUCUCGACUAGGGGUGCUAAUGGCCGGCACCAGCGUGCGAACAGGUCCUCGCUAAGCAUCGACAACUUGAUGAGCCGGGAGGACGUCCACAACCGUCUGAUGAGGAGAUACAAGGACGCCCCCAUGCUCUGGUAUUUCUUGACCUUUGUCUCGAUGACGGCAAUAGGCAUUUUUGUCGUCGAGUACUACCCCAUCCACCUCCCCUGGUACGGCCUGCUCCUCGCGCUCGGCAUCUGUACCAUCCUCUUUAUCCCCAUCGGCAUAAUCAUGGCCGUUACCAACCAGCAUUCGUCCAUCUACCUCAUCUGCCAGCUCAUCGCCGGCAUCCUCUUCCCCGGCCGCCCCGUGGCCAACAUGGUCUUCGUCACCUACGGUUAUAUUUCCUCGGCACAGGGCAUCAAGUUUGCCGCCGACCUCAAGCUCGGCCACUACAUGAAGAUCCCCCCGCGCAUCCUGUUCACGGUCCAGAUCGUCGCCACCAUCAUCUCCUCCCUCACCCAGAUCGCCGUCCUCAACUGGAUGUUCGUCAACGUCCCGGGCCUGUGCACCCCGCAAGCCAUCAACGGCUUCACCUGCCCCAUCGCCCGCGUGCACUUCAACGGCUCCAUCCUCUGGGGCGUCGUCGGACCCGGCGAGUUCUUCGGCCCCAGCGCCACCUACCGCCCCCUCGUCUGGGCCUUCGCCGUCGGCGCCGUCCUGCCCAUCCCCCUGUGGCUGUACGCCCGCAACCGCAAGGACUCGUUCGUCCGCAAGAUCAACCUGCCCGUCCUCUUCGGCUCGCUCGGCUGGAUCCCCCCCGCCACGGGGCUCAACUUCUCCGUCUGGGCCGUCGUCUGCUACCUGUUCAACCACCUCAUCAAGAAGCGCGCCCCGGCCUGGUGGGCCAAGUACACCAUGACGCUGAGCGCCGCCCUGGACUCGGGUCUGGCCUUCGGCAUCGUCGUGGUCUUCUUUGGAUUCGUAUAUUCCGGCGCCAUGAAGGGGUUCAGCUGGUGGGGCACCGAGGUGUAUAAGCGCGGGUGUGACUGGCGCGCGUGCGCGUGGAAGACCGUGCCCGAGGGCGGUAGGUUCGGGCCGGAGGUGUGGUAAAAAGUGCGGAGGAUCUAAUGGAAGAUUGUUGCGAGGCGCGCGAAACCAAGGGGGGAGGCUUUUCUGCUUUAAGACGAGCGUAAUGAAGCGAUUGAGGCGUUUAAAUGUUUUUUUUUUUUUGUAUAUUGCAUUGCAUUUGCAUUGCAUGGCGUUGGGGAGGGGCAAAAGAACAACCAAGAAAUAUGAUAUACCAUUAGUUUGGAGAAGGGGGAAGCUGUCGGCCAUGUAAAAAGUACCAUACCUGAAUGAGGUCCAUGCCAGCGCACAGUCUGGAAUACCGAACAGAAUGAUGGUUCGUCUAGACCGUUUUACACUACCUUGACCACCACGGAAUCAGCUAUCAGGGAGGGAAGAGAGCAAGGGGGCCAGGAUUGUUGGGUAAUCUGCAGUGCGGCUGCGCUUGGGGAAUAUCA